AACCACACCCCAUUAUCACAGAUUCUGUGAACAUUGUCGGCGCUCGGCGAACUGCGGACCUCAACCCCAACGGUGAAUACAGUCCCCAGACUUCAGCUUUCUCCUUUCGAUUUCCUUGCUUGCAUUUAGAUUUUGGCUUUUCUGGCAUCCAUCCGCCCCACUUGGCUUGUCGAGCCGUUGUGGAGAAUAAUCGCCACGAGGCCCGUUGAGUGCUCCUUUGCUUGGACGACUCGUGAGAAGGGGAAAUCCUAGGCUAUUAUCGUUCGUCGCCUCGUCGCUUCUGGUUUCCUUCUUGCUGUGGCUCAUCGAGAUGCAUUCUCUCUUUCCGCGUGGCUCGGAUUUGAGCAUCGUGCUCUCCGCAACCUUUGCCCCAUGCGUUUUGUGCUUCUAGCGGAUCUUUGAGAUAAGUGCCGCGUGCAAUGCCAAACUGUGUUUGUGUUCACUGUUGGAUUGCGUCCGUGCCUCGUUCACACGCUCAUCGAUGAAGUCGCAUCGAAGAGAAGCUGACAUUAUGAUGUGGCAACAUUCUGGAAUAUUGUUUAUUAUUUCCGAACAUGUUUUACAUUCUGUUAGCUAAAUUUGUCAAUAUGUUGUAAACAUGGAGCUAAGCUGUUCACAAACAGGAAUUGAUUGAAGUGAGGUUCUUCAUUAUACUAUUUAAAGAAGGACAAAUGCAUGCAUGUUAUUAAAAUGAUUUCAAAAGUUUAGAGCAUAAUAUAUUCGGACUGGAAUAAAUUUCAUGCGAAACAUAUGACUCACCCAUAACUUUCAAAACCUUAAAAAAUCAGGAACGUGUACAAUACAUAUCUGUCUUCUGAUGAAACUCCACGCGCACCAAUCGAUUAAACCCACUGUGAGAGCACGAUUAGUACGAAGGAGCUGCCCAUGUACACGUCAGUCUUUAGAGUCUACGUGGAUUGUUCGGCGGUGACGUCGGAAGAUUGCGGGCUUUGUCCAACCAAAGCCCAGACUCUUCGGUGCAACUUCCCUGCAUGACUUGCCUUCUCGUAGACGGAACGGCCAUGCUACGAUGGGAUGUGCAAGAUUUGCAUCAGAGCAGAAGGCAGAUUCGGCACCAGGAUCGGAAGUGCUGGCAAUUUGCGUGCAUUUCUGCCACUGUUAAUGAUGUCACUGAGUUUGUUGAAAGGCUUUGCUCAUUCAAAACACACACACACACACACACAUUUACAUGUAGUCUUACAUGUAGAGGCUUGAGGAACAAUGAGCGCUGGAAAGAGCUGGUGUCUCUUGCACUGAUCAAGCACGUGGUGCAGGCACACAUAUCAUCCAUCAGGUUAGUGUUUUCUUAACAUUUUCCUAUGCAGUAUUCUGUUUUCCCAAGUUUUGUCAUACGUCUUUGAGACAUUGCUUUUGCAAAUUAUGUAAACAGGUCCAUAGUUUUCGCUCACAUUGUCUAAUGCUACUAUAAAUGGCCUAAACCUUGGUAAUAGGGUCAAAAAAUGCAUGCCUCCGGUUAACAAAUAAUUUGCGUUGUUACUAACUUCAGUUGGAACACGUAUAUUGGGAAUACGAGUAUUAAGGAAUUUCUGAAUUGAACAAAAAAUGAAUGAUAAUUUAUAUUAAUAUUGAUUUGUAUAUUUAAGUACAAAAAGAGAGACUUGACAAGAAUUUUAUGUAAAAAUAUAUUUACGUCUUCUAUUUCUAAGAUAUGUAACAUCUAUUUGAAUUAAUUGUAUAUUCCAAAAAAAAUGUAAUUCAUGCAUUA